CGAACCACCCCUUUGCCUCCGGACUUCUCUGGGGCCAGCAGCCGCCCGACCUGGGGCCCGGGGCCACGGGCUCAGCCGACGACCAUGGGCUCGGUGUCCAACCAGCAGUUUGCAGGUGGCUGCGCCAAGGCAGCGGAGAAGGCGCCAGAAGAGGCGCCGGCUGACGCGGCCCGAGCGGCAGACGAGCCGCAGCUGCUGCACGGGGCCGGCAUCUGUAAGUGGUUCAACGUGCGCAUGGGGUUCGGCUUCCUGUCUAUGACCGCCCGCGCCGGGGUCGCGCUCGACCCCCCGGUGGACGUCUUUGUGCACCAGAGCAAGCUGCACAUGGAAGGUUUCCGAAGCCUCAAGGAGGGUGAGGCAGUGGAGUUCACUUUUAAGAAGUCUGCCAAGGGUCUAGAGUCCAUCCGCGUCACUGGCCCUGGUGGCGUGUUCUGUAUUGGGAGUGAGCGACGGCCAAAGGGGAAGAGCAUGCAGAAACGAAGAUCCAAAGGAGACAGGUGCUACAACUGUGGUGGGCUAGACCACCAUGCCAAGGAAUGCAAGCUGCCACCCCAGCCCAAGAAGUGCCACUUUUGCCAAAGCAUCAGCCAUAUGGUGGCCUCAUGUCCACUGAAGGCCCAGCAGGGCCCCAGUUCUCAGGGAAAACCUGUCUACUUCCGGGAGGAGGAAGAAGAGAUCCACAGCCCUACCCUGCUCCCAGAAGCCCAAAAUUGAGGCCCAGGAGUAGGGGUUAUUCUUUGGCUAAUGGGGAGUUUCAGGGAGGAGGCAUCAAUCCGCAGAGUGGAGAAAGUGGGAA